AGAAAGUGAUGAGAUAGAGUGGUGAGGGAGUAGUAUUGUGGAAAAAGGGAGGAGUCACUCAUUUUACCACAAAACUGUCUGUCACUUUCCAGUUUCCAUCGUUCGAUUGUGAGCGGUGACUGGGCGUUCCAUCGUUCGAUUAGCACGGAAGUCCUAUUAUCCACUUCUCGUUAAAGGCUCCUCCUUAUCCACAAGCUAUGGCUGCCGCCGUCCUCUUCUUCAACGCCGCUCCGACCACCGUUUUUCUCUCGUUCCACUCAUCAUCAUCAUCAUCUUCUCGGUUGUCAUCUUCUUUGCUCGCUGCUCACCCGCCCCUUAGAUUUGAUACAACUUGUAAUGUUGUGGCAUCAAAGUCUAGCAUCUAUCCCCGGAUUCUUGGGCCGCAUUUUCUCAAAGAAAGAGAUGCAUUGGUUACAAAUGCAGCAGCUUCCACUGGGAGUGUGGAUGGGAAUACUCCAGAGCCGCCACCUGAAAUUAGGGAGGAGAACGUGUCCGUUGAGAACCUCCCAUUGGAGUCCAAGGUUCAGGAGAAUCUUGAGCAGAGAAUGAGGACGAAGAUGGCAAAGAAAAUUAGGAUGAGAAGAAAGCGGCUACUGCAGAAGCGUCACUUGAGGAAGAAGGGAAGAUGGCCACCUUCAAAGAUGAAGAAAAACCAGAAUGUUUAGCCUUUUUGUGAUCUUCCUAUCAAAUGUUUUGUUCAAUGUGCACAAGGAACUAAAACAUUUUCUUUGUUCUGUUGAUCGAUUUAUAUAUAAACUUCUGACAAUUGUAUCUCGUGAGUAUAUUAAGACAUCUCAUUGGUAUUAGCGGGAGUAAAUUGCACAUAUUGUU